UUUCCACGAACAGUUAUUUUUUGUGGAGCCACCUUCUUUUCAUUUCCCCCCAAUUUCUCAACUAUCAACCCUAAUUCCAUGAGAAACUCAUCGGAUUUCCACGAAGGCAUCGAACUGAACAGUGCGCAGAAGCCGCCGCCUCGCCGCUGCAGCUGGAACUGGACGAACCGCUGGGAAAGAACCGCAUGGAGGAGGGUUUGUAAUAUCGGCAGUGGCGAUAAGGAUAAAGGGUCGUGGUGUUCGAUUGUGGUGCUGGGCAUGGUUGGGGACGAAGUUAGCAGGGCGGAGAAGGUGAGCGUGCAAGCAGCUGAGAAGAAGAUGGAUGAAUGUGAUAGUGGUGGGCGUGGUAGCGAUAAGGGUUUAGGAGCUGAUGAGGAGGGAAGCACUGCUCCUCUUCCUGAAAGGGUUCAGGUUGGUGGCUCUCCAGCAUAUAGAAUCGAGAAGAAACUGGGUAAAGGCGGGUUUGGGCAGGUGUAUGUAGGUCGAAGGAUCAACUCUCCAAUCCCAAAUGAAAGAUCAGGUCCAGGAGCUCUGGAGGUUGCUUUGAAAUUUGAGCACCGAAGUAGCAAAGGCUGUAAUUAUGGCCCACCUUACGAGUGGCAAGUCUACAGUGCACUUGGUGGCAGCCAUGGCAUACCGCGUGUACACUACAAAGGGCGCCAGGGUGAUUAUUACAUUAUGGUUAUGGAUAUGCUUGGCCCUAGUCUAUGGGAUGUCUGGAACAACAAUUCCCACACGAUGUCCAUCGAAAUGGUAGCAUGUAUUGCUAUUGAAGCCAUCUCCAUUUUAGAGAAAUUACACUCUAAAGGAUAUGUGCACGGCGAUGUAAAACCUGAGAAUUUUUUGCUUGGUCCACCUGGAACACCUGAUGAGAAGAAACUUUUUCUGGUGGAUCUUGGAUUAGCUACCCGGUGGCGUGAUAUUUCGACGGGCUUGCAUGUGGAUUAUGAUCAACGUCCGGAUGUAUUCAGAGGUACUGUGCGGUACGCUAGUGUACAUGCCCAUCUUGGAAGAACGGGUAGCCGAAGGGAUGAUUUAGAGUCCCUUGCUUAUACACUCAUUUUUCUUCUCCGUGGCCGACUUCCUUGGCAAGGGUAUCAGGGUGAGAAUAAAGGGUUCCUUGUCUGCAAAAAGAAGAUGGCAACUUCCCCAGAAGCUCUUUGUUGCUUCUGCCCUGCACCUUUUAGACAGUUUGUCGAGUACAUUGUUGGCUUAAAGUUCGAGGAGGAGCCUAAUUAUGCAAAAUAUAUAUCCCUAUUUGAUGGAAUAGUUGGUCCAAAUCCCGACAUUAGACCAAUCAAUACUGAAGGUGCUCAGAAGCUUAUAUAUCAAGUGGGGCAUAAGAGAGGACGGCUUAUGUUGGAUGAUGAUGAUGAUGAGCAACCCAAAAAGAAAGUCCGCAUGGGGAUGCCAGCUACACAGUGGAUUAGUGUGUAUAAUGCUCGGCGCCCAAUGAAGCAAAGAUAUCACUAUAAUGUCUCGGAUAUUAGGCUGGCUCAGCAUAUUGAAAAAGGAAAUGAGGAUGGAUUGUACAUCAGUUGCGUGGCAUCUUCUUCAAAUCUUUGGGCUCUUGUAAUGGAUGCAGGGACUGGCUUUAGUUCUCAAGUUUACGAAUUGUCUCCUUAUUUCCUUCACAAGGAGUGGAUUGUGGAACAAUGGGAGAAGAAUUAUUACAUUAGUGCAAUAGCAGGGGCCAACAAUGGGAGCUCGCUAAUAGUUAUGUCUAAGGGUACUAGAUGGGGAGUUGUUAUGUCUCGGGGGGCCGGGUUUACUGACCAGGUUGUGGAGUUAGACUUUCUUUAUCCAAGUGAAGGCGUUCAUAGGAGAUGGGAUGCUGGUUACCGUAUCACAUCAACUGCUGCCACGUGGGACCAAUCAGCUCUUGUUCUAAGCAUUCCCCGAAGAAGACCAACAGAUGAAACACAAGAGACUUUACGGACUUCUGCUUUUCCAAGUGCUCAUGUUAAGGAAAAAUGGGCCAAAAAUCUUUACAUUGCAUCCGUGUGCUAUGGAAGAACUGUAUCUUGAGCCAUCAUAAUUUGCUUCUUAAGAUUUGAUAAGAGGAUUUUACUUCUCAUUUACCAUAUGAGCGAAAUACCAAAUUUUUGUCCUGUCGAGGCCACCUUUUUUCUCGCGAAUCGCCAAAUCCUGGAAGACCAGUCGUGCUAUCGAGACCUUGACCAUCGGUAUGUUAAGUUGUUAACGUAUUUUGUUAAAACCUCGAGUAGACUAUGCCUAAAUGUUGUCUAAGUGCGUUUAGGCUGUGUAGACUGUGUUAGAUGUCCAAUGUGUCGUAUUAUCCGACUUAUUGCUAACAUUUUGUAUAUAAACAGCAGAUUGUAUUUUAUUUUGGUUGUGAUUGUAUUAUGAUAGAUACAAUUAGAUUUUCCAAUGGAUGGUAAUGUAUCUAUUAAUUGCUAUUUUGAGUAUUUUCUCUUUAGCCUUUGAUUUGUUUGCACUAUGCUU